GACAAACACCGAAUUUGUAGGUGGACUGGAGUAGUAACGGGCCUGCGCGUCUGAGAAAGCCCACAAGGGCGUUAGUAAGAGAAUGUAGUCCAGUCCACCCACAAAUUGAAACCCCCCAACGGUCGAAUUGAAAUGCUUCGCUGUUUGCACACUUUGACACACACACAACCACCCACAAAGAGAUAGAGAAAGAGUAGAGAGAGAUAGAUGGGGAAACGUAAGAAGAAAGGAAGUAAAGUUUAUUCGGAAAAAGAAGUGAAUUUGGAAGAUGAAGAACAAGUAGGGCCCAGGUUCUUCUCUUGCUACUUGCUUACCUCUAUUUGCCCCAGGUUCAAAGGCCACACUUAUAUUGGAUUUACAGUGAACCCUCGGCGUAGAAUUAGACAGCACAACGGAGAGGUGAGGAUGGGUGCUUAUAGGACUAAGAAGAAGCGUCCUUGGGAGAUGAUUUUAUGCAUAUAUGGCUUCCCUACUAAUGCAUCCGCCCUCCAGUUUGAGUGGGCCUGGCAGCAUCCAGUAGAAUCCCGUGCAGUUAGGCAGGCAGCAGCAUCAUUUAAAUCUCUUGGAGGAGUUGCUAAUAAGAUUAAAUUGGCAUAUACAAUGCUUACUCUCCCUGAGUGGAGAAGCCUAAAUCUCACAGUAAAUUUCUUCUCCACAAAAUACAAGAUGCAUUCAGCUGGUUGCCCCAGCCUCCCAGAGCACAUGAGAGUCCAAGUUUGUGCGCUGGAUGAACUUCCCUGUUAUACAGGAAUUGACUGGGAUGAGUAUACAACCAACGACUGGGACAAUAGUGAAGAAUAUGAGGGGAGCAGUGAAAAAUUAAUAGACAGAAGAUCAACGGAUUCUAACAGUUCUUUUAGUAAUCAAGACAGCACCGAAGAACAUGUCGAUGAACAUAUUGAUUGGAGAGAAGAACUUGACGAACAUGCUGAAGAAAAUAGCACUCCCGGUAGAGAGGAUCCUGAGCACUCAUAUAUUAUCAUUGACUCCCCCGUGAGAACAUCAUCUUCAAUUCAAAGUAGUUCCUUUGAUAUAGCAGACAACAAAGACAGAUACGAAUUGGAUGAUGAAUUUGGUGGGAAGCUGGGCAAGCAGGCCAACAGGCUGUUUUCAACAAAAACAGAUGCCUGUCAUGAUCCCUUGCCAACCAAGAAUGCUGUUUUUUCUAGUGAAGUUGAGGUUAUUGAUCUUUUUACUCCUCCAUGCUACAAAGUUGCUGACAGCAAGAAAAGAAGACUUUCUACUACUUGUCCUGAAAUAAUAGACCUGACAGACUCACCUAUUUACGUCUAAUGUACAAGCAUAAGGAUGCAAUACUAGGGGAACAUGUGACUGAGAAUCUUUAAACCGGUGGACUGAAGUUGAUCAGUGCCGGAAGUUAAUGAUCGAGAGGGGUGUGCGCAAAACACCUGGAUGCAGUUCAAUCGAGGUUGAAAAUAUUGUAUAUGAAUUGGUAGAUGGAGAUACUUCACAUCCUCAAAUUACUGUAUUCCUGAAUAAGAUUACGAAGGAAUUACAGGCUCUUGGUAUGAACCAGAUACAACUUCCAUACUGGAAGAUGUUUCAAUUAUUGACAUGUUUGUAUAAACAGCUUUAUGUUUUAUUGAUCCUUAGUUGGUCGCAUGGUUGUGAUUAAACAUCUUAAUCCAAUAAUACAAUUACUAUUCUCUUCUUUAAGAUUUACAGAAA